CCAUCCAGUAAGUGACACUUCAGCAGCGUUUGUAUUCCCUAUUUAAGGGUCCCAGCAGCGCAUACACCGUGUAUCUGGUCAUUAAUAUGUAACGUAAGCGCUGCCCGGCCCUUCCCCCACUCGCCGAGGCUCCCUGCGGCUCCUUCUCUCUCAGUCCGCUGCGCUCGUCCUGAUCUGCUGGAUGUCGAUCCCAAGCGGAGUCUGCAGCCUCCUGUCACGGUAACAGGAAGGAGCAUUUUCCUAUUGAAUAGCUGGACUACUGCGUCCCACUCCUGGGGCUUCCUGAAAGCAAAGCUUUGCAGGAUCACGGCUGAGACGAGGGGGUUUUGGGAAACCUUUUUUUCCAAGGGGUGAAGCUCUGCAUGAACCAUCCAAGCGGAAUGUUAUAGGAUUAUGCGUUAGGCCACUGAAGAACUCAUACACACACACACACUCACACUGUCACGCACACUGUUACACACACCCACAUACACACACACUGUAACACACACGCUGUCACACAAACACACUGUCACACACUCACACUCACUCAAGCACAUACACACUCACACACACUCAUGCACACACACUCACUUACUGGCUUCUGCGCACACACACAUACACGAACACACACUGACUGACACGCACACACAGACAUCCACAUGCAUACACACAUGCGUGCACUCACUCACUGCCUUCUGCGCGCACACACACACACACACACACACACACGCGUCACUGAGAGUGACGAGUGGGCGACUGCAGUGCUCCACAUUAUCUGCACCACAGAUGGGCUCUCGUCGAGGCCAGAGCUGAGCCGUGAGAUAGCAGCCGGACACAGGGGGGUGGGAGAUGCCUCAGAGCUGUACCCUGCGGGCAGUGCAUGAAGAGUCUCGCUCCAUCCCAGACACGUCCAGCUCCAAGCUCACGCCUCCACAUCCAGGAAAAUGUCCGGCUCCUACGACGAGUCCGCUGGCCUUGAGGAAGCGACAGACAGCUUUUGGGAGGUGGGGAACUACAAACGUGCUGUGAAGCGGAUUGACGACGGCCAUCGCCUGUGCAAUGACCUCAUGAACUGUCUCCAAGAGCGCUCCAAGAUCGAGAAGGCCUACAGCCAGCAGCUCACCGACUGGUCCAAGAGAUGGAAGCAGCUGAUCGAGAAAGGGCCACAGUAUGGCACAGUGGAGCGUGCCUGGUUGGCGAUGACAAUAGAGGCGGACAAGGUAAGCGAGCUGCACCAGGAGGUGAAGAAUGGUCUGCUCAACGAGGACUUUGAGAAGAUCAAGAACUGGCAGAAAGACUCUUACCACAAGCAGAUGAUGGGUGGAUACAAGGAGGCCAAAGAGGCCGAGGAGGGCUUCAAGAAGGCCCAGAAACCCUGGGCCAAGAAGCUCAAGGAGAUGGAAGCGGCCAAGAAGGUUUACCACAUGGCUUGUAAGGAGGAGAAGCUUGCAGCCUCCCGGGAGGCCAACAGCAAGGCAGAGGCGUCCGUCACCCCAGACCAGCAGAAGAAGCUGCACGAGAAGGUGGACAAGUGCAAGCAGGAUGUGCAGAAGGCCAAAGAGAAGUACGAGAAGACCCUGGACGAGCUGAAUAAGUGUACGCCGCAGUACAUGGAACAUAUGGAACAGGUGUUUGAACAGUGCCAACAGUUUGAGGAGAAGAGGCUGAGCUUCCUCAAGGAGGUCCUGCUGGACAUCAAGCGGCAUCUGAACCUCACGGAGAACCAGAGCUACGCCACUGUCUACCGAGAGCUGGAGCGCACCAUCAACUCUGCCAGCGCGCAGGAAGACCUGAGGUGGUUCAGCAACAACCACGGCCCGGGCAUGCACAUGAACUGGCCUCAGUUUGAGGAGUACAACCCAGAUGUCCCCAACACCAUCCCCAAGCGGGAGAAACCCAAGAAAGCUGAUGGGGCCCCCAACACUCCAGGGACAGAGCAUGUGGUGGCACAGGGUGGAGAUCGGGGCAGCGUGAGCAGCUACGAGAAAAACCAGGCUUACUCUGCCGAAUGGUCAGACGACGAGCAGCCGGCCUCCCAUUCGGGCAAUGAGACCAACGGGGGCACCAACCCUUUCGACGAGGAGUCGGCCAGCGGUGGCGAGAAGGGCGUCCGCGUGCGGGCUCUCUAUGACUACGAUGGGCAAGAGCAGGACGAGCUGAGCUUCAAAGCCGGAGACGAACUGACCAAGCUCGAGGAUGAGGAUGAACAAGGCUGGUGCAAAGGUCGCCUAGACAACGGGCAGCUGGGCUUAUACCCAGCCAAUUACGUAGAGCCCAUCUAGUCUGCCCCGCCCAGCUCUGGGGGCCGGCUUAGGCUGGACCGUCCAAUCAUACUCCGUAUAGCCAGAGACUCACAAGCAACACUUUUCUUUGCCACACAACCGUGCCGAGCAGUCUUAAUCUUAGUAUAUAAAAAAGACAGUAUAUAUAAUGAAUAAAUUUAUUCGAUCUCUGGGGGGUGGGGGGUGAAUAAAAAAUAAAAAACGCUAAUUAAAAACUAAGCAUAAACCAUAUGUAUACCAACAAACGACCAUUGAUGCAAGGGCAGGGAGACGUUCUGCAUUUUGUGUAGCUGUGUUCAAUAUGAAUUUUGUGCAGCUGAUAUGACUUUUAUGUAGCGGUAUGUUCUCCUAUAACAAUGAGUAUUAUGUAGUCAGAGAAAGCUAGAAUAGCCGGAAUGAGCUGUUCGACGUGCACUGUGCAUAUUUGACGACAUUUUGUUGUAGCAGUCUGGAUGCUAUGCGUGUACAGUCCUUAUUGUUGCAGUGGUAAUUCAGUGUAGCGUUUGAAGCAGUAAAACAAAACAAACAAAAAAAAAAAAACGCUAUGCAAUGAGAUUUAUUUUUACUUUGACUGGUCAUUGUUUUGCUAUGUGCUUAUUGUUUCAUACUCCUGCCAGCAGAGGGUACCCUACUGCGCACCUUUUGCUCCCCGUGUCGUGGCAUGAGCUUUGCUAACUGUAUAAUGUGCAUUUCAGUGAUGUAAUAUCACUUGUCAUGUAGUGUGACAUGUGACAACGGCAUUUCCCUUCCACGGGGGGCGGAUGUUGUCGCCUUUGCGACAGCUUGAGCAUCGUCAUCCUGUCUCGUGUUGCCAUUUUUGUUGUACAUCCAUCAUCUACAGGUGCUGUUUUUCCUGUGUCCCAUUCAUUACCUGGCAGUCUUUUGAAAUUCUGUUGCUUCUGUCAGCUUUGCAGUUGGGAGGUUAUGUUGGAAUGUCUCCUCAACAUUGCCGAACCACUGGUUCGUCGAUUAGCAGUUUCCGUUUAGCCCCUUGCUAAUCCCCAGCAUUUCUCUGUCAUUCACGUCCUUUAUCGAACAAUGCAGAACGCUCGCAGUAACGCUGUGUAAACCCAAUAAAUGUAAGCUGAAGCACACAUACUGCUACAACCACAAACUCAUUACCAGACCCACCUAUCGUCCAAGUGAAACAAGGGUAGUGAGUCCGACGGCGGUGCCACAUCCAGCUGGGAUGUCCGCUGCCCGGGGAGAGGACCACACAGAACCAAGAUAUGUGGCAUGGGGUGACUCGCUACAGCAAAGCCCAAAAGCUGAGCACACUUUCAGCAGCCGUCAAAACUGAGCCGAAGUAACAACGAAAAUUCGACCCCCCACGACCUGUUUUCAAAGCCGACACAGCUUAGCCCCGUCUAGUGUGUCUAACUCGCCUGAUUGUUGUUGGCCAUGGUACUAGACGGUACUUUUUGUGGCCUCUCCCCAUGUGACUGAAACUCGUUGUGAUUAUUUCAGCUGUUCCUCGAUUCACCGUCUUUCUCCUCAUCGCCUCUCUGCAUUUGUCACAUUCACCUCAUCUGUCUUUCCAUACACUCCCCUUGCUUAUUUGGGAAAAAUGGGAUAUUUCAGAUAUUUCUAGGACUUAGUGUAUGAAUCCUUAUCUGCCAUCCAGGCUGCCUUGCAUAAAUGUUAAUAUGUCUCGGGGAUGUCUAAAACGGUUUUAAUGUGGUUGGUUCAGGUUAUUAAUUAAUAAUUAAUUAACGGUUAAUUACCAUGGCACCUGAAAAGAGAUGUUCAAAUUUUAGAAUAUCAGUGCAUCUGGUCGGCCAGACUGGGAAAACAUGAGUUCAUUCUGUAUAAGUAUUGUUAGACUAUUUAUUGGUUAAAUAUGUACAUAAAAACUUUACACAGUUUAUUUUUGUUUAUUAAUAAUUCAAAGCCAGUUGUCUUUAGUCUUGGUGCUUGAACAUCACAAUCAAGAAUUUUGUUCUAAUGAAUUGCUUCACUCUGAUUGGUCGUGGAUUGGAGCUUGGAUGUGCUGAUUGGUUCAUACCAUCUAUGUCAGUUAUUCCUGCAUAUGAUAUUCAGAGAAAUUAAUGUCUGAAGUCAAAGCUAAGAAUACAGGAGAGGGGUUCUGUUGCCAGCAUUUUAUAGUGAGAUGCCAGUGUUAAAAAUGCAGGAUGGAAGGAAAAGUUCAAUGGAAGUUACACUGAGCGUAGUGUGACGUCAAGAAAAGGAUGUUUUUCCAAGGUCCUCUACUCAUACCAAUCAGAAGUGAGGCUAACAUUUACAGUUGCACCCAGUAUUAACAGUCAAGCGAAAUGUACCUAAGCAUCCAUACUGUAUUUAAAUGUAUCUUAAUUGCAAUGGAAUCGUUAACCUAUAUUAAGCGUGCAGUGGAUCCGCGCUUUCUGAAUUGUAUAUGAUGAUGUAAUUUAUGACAUUAUACCGUAACUGUACAAUUAUGUGGAGUUGACAAUGAAACUACACGUGAAGCAGUAAAGAAAGGUGUAUAUGUAAAUGCUUUUUAAUGUUUUUUUUUUCUCCUUUGUGCAUAGAAGAGGUUCAAUGAGGAAAAUUAUGUAGAAACUCUACUUUAACGGUGUAGAAAAUGUAUGUAUGUGUAGACCUUAGUGCUGUUAUAUUAUCUCCAAUCUGGUGUAAUGCCUGUUCAUCUCAAAACUUCAAGGAACAUUAAAAAGGUAUUUAAAUAUAAA